CCCCCUCCCUCAGCACCUAAGAAAAAAAAAGAAGACGACCACACCACGCUCACUUUCUAGCACCGUUCAUCGCUCGCCCCGCUGCUGCGUUGCUCCAAUUAUUCUUCCAUUGCUUCGUGCUCCGUGCCAUUCUGCGCCAUUCUGCGCCUUGCGGUCUUUGACUCGGAGACCUUUCAGCCCUUCUCAGCCCUUCGUUGUACACGAGCUCCCGAUUCGCCCCUGUUGCAAGCAGGAACCCAGAACCCCCCCUUGGCACCAAGCAUCUGUCAUCGCACGGCAAAGGGAGAAACGCUCCAUUCUCUGUAACCCGUUCCUUUUGGAUUGUCUGCCGUUAGCCAGCGCCGGUGACGAGGACCGCGUCUGACCCGCAAACCCGCUCCGAUCGUUUUCCACUUGCCUGGCAUCCAGCACCCGCCCAAACCAAAGCGAACCAACUCUUUGAGACGACUCGAGCAAAAGAUUCGCCCGCAUGUGCAGAGAGUGCCCUCUAUAGCCGCACUCGGCCACCUGAACAGCACGAGGACAGCUCCGUCCUCGAAGACUCGCCAGGUCUCGUCAGCCCCUCCGCGUCCUUCGUCCGACGCACCGAGCGAGAUCGGACGACACCACUCGCUUCUCCGGAAGCGCACCGCUCGCAAGAUGCCUAAAGCAAACAGCCUGUCCAUCGAUGUUCCUGGCGUUGCAUCGCUGCAGCACUCAGAUGCGGGUGCCAGAUCUGGCCUAGCCAGCCCACGGACGCCGCACACGCCCCGUUCUCCGUCCACCAACAACAAUGGCACCACCGAAAACAGUACUGCUCAGUACGGCGAGGGCUAUGAAAACCACGCUCACUCGCCGAUAAACGCCCUGCCCCGUCCGCCCUCUCCACGCUCGCCCAAGUCCGCCUCCAAGGCUGCGAAGCUGUUCGGCAACAAGCUGGCGUCAAAGUCGGCCACCAAACUGAACAAGUCGAGCAACAACCACGCGGACCUGUCACCGCAACAGCCACCAAUUGGAAACAAGGGCUCGGGCAAUAAUACAUCGCAGGUGCACCUGGGUUCGAGCAAUUCGAACGUCGCUGCGACGAGCACGAACCAGUCCUCUACCGACGUUUCAGUUUCACAUCCCCAUUCGGGCCAAUCAAGCCCUGACGCUGUUGAAUUCAGUCCUGAUCAGCACUCGUCCUCCACGACCGCGAACAACAACGCCAACACCGACGCAACAGGCUCCCAGUCAGCGAAGCAGAACGAGAAAGGGGGUGCCAAGAGCAAGGCCCAGCACAAGUUCGGCAGCUUCCUGAGCCGCAAGACGUCGUUGCGCGGGGACGAUCAACUGCCUCCACCACCGCCUACCGCGCCGCUAACCCACAGCACCACCCUCACACCUACCUCCGCGACGUCGCCCGGCCGGGAGAAACCGAAGCUGGGACCUAUCAAAGCACCCACGCAGCCGAUCGAUGUGCCCCUGCGCACGGCGCCUGUAGAGAAGGAGCGUGGUUUCCGAACAGCCAUGAGCUCCGCCCUGCGAAACCGGUCCCUGGACCGCGCCGACGACGACCGCACCGCGGGCUCGUCUCAACAACCACACCACACCCACAAACCCUCGUUGCUCGGGCCCGGCGGUCUUCAGGGCGCUAGCAGCACGAAUCAUAAGGACCUGCAUGGAUCCGUCAUGUCGAAUCUGAGAUCCGGUAGCACGAAAGCGGCAGAGGGAAUCAACAAGGCGCGGAAAGGCCUUUUUGGCAACUUGAGGUUGAACCGCAGUGGGAGUAGCCAUGAGAGGGAGCCCAUCCGGAACGAGCCGUAUGAAUUGAAGGUGCUGGUGCUGCCACUGGAGGAGCAGGCGAGGAUUACAAGAAUAGCGAAGAGGUUGCAUUACUGCAAAGAUAAAACGGAGUUCUGGUUGCCGGCGUUUCCCUAUCGAUGCAUAGACUACCUUUCCGACAGGGGCACGUAUAGCGAGGGUCUUUACCGUGUGCCUGGCAGCGAGCUGGAGAUCAAGCAUUAUAUGGCUCGUUUCGACAAAGAGUACGACAUCGAUCUCUUCGAACAGAAAGACCUGCACGAUGUCAACGUCGUGGCGACCAUGCUCAAACGAUGGCUAUCUAACCUGCCACCGGUCUUUCCGCAAGACGUGCAGUCCGACAUCAUUCGCACCUGCUCCGAAUCGCAUCCGGCUGUGCAGGGCGGCUCGACCCCGGACUACAUGAAGCAAAAACUGUCUGAAUUGCCUCCAUGGAACUACUAUCUCUUGUUCGCCAUCACUGGCCACAUCUCCUUCUUGCACAAUCACAGGGACCAGAACAAAAUGACGUACGAGAACCUGUUCCGAUGCUUCGCCACGCGUGCGCUUCAGGUUGAGCCGUACAUCUUCUGGUGGCUCGUGUGGGACUGGAGGAACUGCUGGCUCGGUUGCGCGAGGGAGGACGAGUACAAGGCGAAGGAAUACACAAUCUUGGACCAGAUGGCCGAGGAAGAGCGCGAGAGAAACGCGCAGCAACAAGCAGCCGCUGAGGCGAGGGCGCCGCCACAGUCGAAGAAGGAGAAGGACGAACGCCAGCCGGAGCAGAGCGCAAAGCAGAGGAAGGCGAGCAAGCAUUCUGUCAGCGCAAUCUCCAAGCAGACCGUGCUGAGCACGAAGGAGGCUACGAUCAAGCAGGUCAAGAGCGAGCAUCGACCGCGGACGGCACACGCACACUCUCCAUCCACCGCUUCUCAUGCGCGCUCGCGAUCACGUGAGAAGAAGAGUGCUUUGACCGACCGUCAGCAACGUGAGCAGGAGCGUGAGCAAAGGGAGAAGGAUCGUGCGCUCAGCAGCAGCGACUCAAGCAAGCCUUCGAUCGCGGAACAGAGUCCCGCCUAUCGAAGCGGCAGUCCGGGUAACGGCGUUAGCGAGGAGCGAGAUGAGCAGCGGGAGACGACGAACGGAAAUGACGGGCCAAUCAAGACCCAGGACAUAGGACUGCCCAUGCUGAGCCCGCUGAAGCCCCUCAGUCCGUUGGGCUUGCACUAGGAUGUUCGUAUGUCCAAGAGCGAGGGACUUAUUUUUCGACGUAGAAAGCAUUUGGUCCGGCAAAAAGGUAUUUGGUGCGUAAAAAGGCAAUAUGCAUGCGGUCCAACAUUCACGGUUUGUGGCUAUGCACAAACAAAACGCACACGCAUACACAUAAACACACACCCUCAUGCAUGCAUACAUCACAAGAGCCCACAUCCCUCGGCAUAUGUUUACACUGCAGAGCUCUGAGAGCCCCCCCCCCCCC